AGUCCUUGAGAUGCAGGAUACAAGGCUCAAUUGUGCCAGCAGGAUUUAGGAUUUAGGAUUAUCAUUAAUCCACAAAUUCAGACUUUGACAUGCGAGAGCAAAAUGAUUCAAAACCAAGGGAUAUAUACUACCCACCAAAUGUUCACAUUCAAAUACUGUUGCUGAUAUUUCUCUCCAGCCUGUCAAAAGCCCAUGGCACCAUUCCGAACGCACGUCUCAGGACAAGUGGACGACAUCUAAAUGCGCACGGAUGGAGAGCUUCUUGGAAAGUGUUGUGCGUGCGUAAUCGCAUUAUCUGACCUGCAAAAACGCAGGCUGACAACCCAGUCGCAUAAUAUUCUUUACUGCACUUUUUUAUUGUUUUCUCUCAUUUAUUAAAAUGCCACUCUUCAUUAACCGAGACCAGAUAUUUGCGCACCAAGUGCACCUUCUGGAGCACAAACUGCGGAGCAAAGAAGAACGCAUUCUGGAGUUGGAGACUGAAAAUGCCAUUCUUCACCUGAGGCUCGCCGAUUGUCUGGGGAAACUUCGUCGGGAUCAUGCAGAAGAGGCAGAAGCAGAAGCUCAGAAGCGUUGGCAACACCAGAGAGUUGUGCAGCAAAGCACCCAGUCUGCCCUGGCCAAACUCCUGUCUGAAGUUCAGAUUUUGAAGCAGGACCUGAGAGAGGUGUUUGCGGUGUAUGUGAACUUCGCCACUGAGUUGGAGAACCAGAGCAGGCUGCUGCUGGAACAAGUCGGCCAAGCCAGCUUCGCCCUCCAGGGCCACCAUGGCAAUGAUGUGCACAGUUUGCAGGCUCAGAUGGAGGCUCUAGAGCGCUCUCUACUGGAGGAGAAGGAGCGGAGCAGGACUGAAAGGGAGAGGAGGAAGAUACUUCACAACACCUUGGUGGAGCUGCGGGGGAACAUCAGGGUCCACUGCAGAGUGCGUCCAGUCCUUCCCUUUGACGAUGGCCAGGGAUCAACAUUAGCAAUAGGGCCUGCUACAACAGAAGAGGUGAUUCAGGCAGUCAAUGAUGAUACAGUUGUUGUGAAUUGUACUAGAAUGGGGAACCUGGGGCUGAACAAGAUGUUUGAGUUUGAGAGGGUGCAUGGUCCUGAGGACUCCCAGGAUGUCGUGUUUGAGGAAGUGAAGCCUCUCCUCACAUCUCUGCUGGACGGGUAUAACGUGUGCAUCAUGGCGUACGGACAGACAGGCAGUGGGAAGACACACACCAUGAUCGGCGCCCAGGCUGAGGACCCCUCAGGACCACAGGGGGAGGCCCGGCAAGGCGUUAUUCCCAAAGCAGCCACUGAACUCUUCAGGAUGAUAUCGGAGAAACCUGCUGAGAGUCACACGGUGGAGGUGUCUGUGGUGGAGGUGUACAACAACGAGGUGUUGGAUCUGCUGGCUAAAGACGAGGAUGGGGUUGCCAUGGGCGCCAAGAGAGAUGUCAUCACUACCAGCACAGGGACCAGCGAGGUGCCCUUACUCUCCUAUGUGUUGGUGAGAAGCUCAGCAGAUGUGAUGCAGCUGAUCAGUUCUGUUCUGAGGUUGAGGGCUCGCUGCCCUACACUGGUCCACAGAGACUCCUCACGCUCUCAUCUCAUAGUCACCCUCACUGUCUCCUCCAAGAGCCCCAACGCACUGGCCCUGGCUCGUAGGUUGCAAAGUGUCAAGAAAGACAUGCAGCGCAAGGCCCAGAAGGAGUGGUGGAGCCCCCGCUGUCGGCGUGCCAACCCAAUGGCCCGCCAAUCGGGGGACGAGCGUUCCGCUAGCUCCUCCUCCUCUCCCUACCACUCCCCCAGCCACUCCCCCAUUCACUCCUCUUGCCCCUCCCCCAGAGCCAGCACCACCCAGGCUCCCUUCAGGACCAAACUACAGCUGGUGGACCUUGCAGGUAGCGAGUGUGUGGGUAUGUCAGGGGUGACUGGCGCUGCCCUGUGGGAGACGUCGUGUAUAAAUCGCAGUCUUUCUGCUCUGUCUGACGUACUGGGAGCUCUGGCAGAGCAACGGCCACAUGUGCCCUACAGAAACAGCAAGCUCACACACCUACUGCAGGAUGCCAUCGGUGGGGAUGCGAAGCUGCUGGUGAUGCUUUGUGUCUCUCCCACCCAGAGGUAUAUGACUGAGUCUCUACAGUCUCUGGGCUUUGGCACGCGGGCUCGUCAGGUCCAAAAAGAUACCCCUCGCAGGAAGAAUAUUGCCCUAAAACUGAAGUAAUGAGAGCAGAGCAGAGGAGUAUAGAAGAGAGAAGGGAGAGAGGUCCCAGGCUGUGAUGGCAUGGUCAAAGGUAGAACAGAGGUCCCCCUCAAUCAAGUGAAGGCUGAACAGAGUUACAUGUGGCCUCUGUGGCAUAAAUGUUGUAUAUAUGUAAAUAUUAUUUAGUUAUCAACUUAUGUUGUUGCUUUACUUAUACAUGUACAAAUGUUUAUCUAGCUAUUUGAACAACAAAUUGGGUUGGUUUAAAAAAAAUGUUUGACAACUGUUGAAUAAUUUUCAUCUAUCGGUAUCAAACUCCAUCUCCCCUCUUUAUGUCCACCCAAAUAGUAUACAAUAUUUACUUGACCAACUAUUUUAUAUUGUGGAAUUGAUUCUUAGAUGCAGUAUUUCCCUUUGUUUUUAAAUAGAUUGACAAAUAAUUUAGGCUAGUAAUUUUUUGAUUUGUGCUAAAUCUUAGACUGAUGGUAAAUCACCGGCUUUAAGGCUUACUUAUACUGAACAAAAUAUAAAACGCAACAUGUAAAGUGUUGGUCCCAUGUUUUAUGAGCUGAAAUAAAAGAUCCCAGAAAUGUACCAUACGCACAAAAAGCUUAAUUCUCUCAAAUGAUGUGCACACAUUUGUUUACCUCCCUGUUAGUCAGCAUUCCUCCUUUGCCAAGAUAAUCCAUCCACCUGACAGGUGUGGCAUAUCAAGAAGCUGAUUAAAAAGCAUGAUCAUUACACAGGUGCACCUUGUGCUGGGGACAAUAAACGGCCACUCUAAAAUGUGCAGUUUUGUCACACAACACAAUGCCACAGAUGUCUCCAGCUUUGAGGGAGCGUGUAAUUGGCAUGCUGACUGCAGGAAUGUCCACCAGAUCGGUUGCCAACAUCGUUUUACAGAAUUUAGUAGUAUGUCCAGCCAGCCUCACAACCGUAGACCUUGUGUAACCAUGCCAGUCUAGGACAGCCACAUCUGGCUUCUUCACCUGUGGGAUCUUCUGAGACCAGCCACCCUGACUGCUGAUGAAACUGAGGACUUUUCUGUUUGUAAUAAACCCCUUUUGUGGGAAAAAAAUCAUUCUGAUUGGCUGGGCAUGGCUCCUAUGUCCUCCAAACCGACCCAUGGCUGUGCCCCUGCCCCGUCAUGUGAAAUCCAUAGAUUAGGGCCUAAUGAAUUUAUUUCAAUUGAUUGAUUUCCGUAUAUGAACUGUAACUCAGUAACAUUUUUGAAAAUGUUGCAUUUACAUUUUUGUUGAGCAUAUAUUUGUGAUAUAAAUGUGUUAUAAUUGUGUGGGCUUGCUUUUAAUGCCUUUCUUAUAAACCAUGCACUUAUUUUAGUGUUUGGAAGCCUCAAUAUUUGUUACAUGUAUUUUUGUUACGUUCAAACUUUGAAUAAACAUGUUUUGUCCUU